CUGCAGAUAGUGUAGGAGCUCAGCUCAGCACAGUGCCUCAGUCUGCAGACCCCGAGUCAGCGCCUCUUUAUCGUGUAUCUUGUCUUCUCGGUCCCCAAAGGGGAGUGUUUCGCCAGAGGUAGAGGGUUUGGGGAGGGGGGAAGCUUUUUUUCUGCAUUAGUUGAGCGCAUCUACGCGUCCUGCAGGAAAACAAAAUGAUUCCUUUGGGAUUUUUCACUUUCGUUUUACUUGCCACCCGAGGGUUCUCCGCUCCUGUGCCCAUUGAGCAGUCGCCAGCCGACGCUAAGGUGAUGAAAUGUGUUGUGGAGGUCAUCUCCGACACUCUGUCCAAACCCAGUCCUUUACCAGUCAGCCAGCACUGUAUGGAGAUUCUGAGAGGAGAUGAGAGAAUAAUCUCAGUGCUUCGACACCAAAACCUGCUGCGGGAAUUACAAGAACUUGCUGCUAAAGGAACCACUGAGAAAGCUCUGCAAAAAAAACAGAGCAAUGAUUACAAAGACAUCCUUUCUGUUGCCCUCGAGAGUCACAUUGACAAAAAGAUAUCAUCAGCAGGUAAAUUACAUGAGAUCCCUACAGAGAAACAGCAAGGAUCAUCUGGUGAGAUAUUCAGAAUGAAGGACAAAGAGUUUCAAGACAGCAAAGAGGAGACACCACCAAAUGUAAGCAGACAUAGCUUUCUGAACAUGAAGAAUACAACUCCAUUUAGCAGCGAUAUGGCCACAGAAAAGGAAGACAUAAAAAGACAGGAGCCAAGGAAGCAUGGCACCUCUGAAAUUGAGUCUGCUGUAGAACAGUCUCAGGAUCAGAGCCAAAGUGAGGAGCAUAGUCCAGAGGAAAGUGAACCAAAUGAAGAUGGGGAUACCCAGGAAGAGGAAAUGGAUGAAGACCAAAUCAAAGAGAGCGAUGAAGAGGAUGAGAGGGAAAACCACAGUGAUUACAGUGACAGUAAGGAUGAAGAGCCUUCAGAAGAUGAUGGAGGGGAUGGAAGAAACAUGGAAGAAAGCAGAAACCAACCUGAAAACAGUGAGCUUUCGGACAUGAAGAUGGAUGGGGCAUCCUCUGAGGAAGAAAUAAGGCCCAAUGACAAUACCAUGAUCCACCAGAAUUCAGAGGAUGAAGGUAGAGAAGAGGAUGAAGACUCUAACAUCAGUGAUGAAAAUUAUGGAUCAUCUAAAGAGGAGCUGCAGGAGAGAAAAAAGUGGAAGAUGACAGGGGAACUGAGCCCAGAACAAAACCAUGGAGAAGCAAGUGAUGAUAAACAAGAUCUCUUCGAGGGAAACGGUAAACUUCCAGGAUCUGGAAGUGUCAAAGCACACAAUGAACCGAGUCAUUUCCAACACUCAUGGGGCAACAGAAGAUCUCACUCUGGGGAAGAUAUCAGACAAAAAGGGAAGGAAACCAUUUCAUCAUACCCAGUGCGAAGACGGCUUGAAGAUGAAAAUAAGAAGGAGAAAGAAGAAGAAGGGAGUGCCAAUAGGAAAAAUGAGGAACAAGAAAUGGAGAAUCUUGAAGCAAUUGAAAGUGAACUGGAAGCAAUGGCACAGAGAUUACACCAAAUGCGGAGAAAUUAAACCCAGUGCUUCAAAGCUCAGUAAUAAUGAAGCAACUAACAGCACCUUCAAAGUACAUUUUGUUUGAAUCGUAACAUUUUAACUAGUUUACUAUAAUUACUCGUGUGUUCUAGUGGUCUACACACUAGCUUUUCUUUCUGAGGUGCUGCUAAUUACUUGCUUACUUAUUAAUUUACACCAUUUAAUUUAAUGAAAUGUAUGAAGUUCCAUUGCUCACAUUUUUUUUUGAAAAUAAUUGAAGCAGUUUUCAAUGUUUUUCUUUACAUUUAAAAUUCUACGGCAUUUAGAAUACUGUAGAGAAGAAAUGAAAC